GUAAAAGGAGUCGACGAAUUAUUUUUACGCAACUUCAAAAUAUUGUUAUUCGCUACAUUGAAAUGAACCGAUCUAUACGAUGAUCGAGAAGCUGGAAAAAAUUCACGGCAAAGACAAACCGGAAUCGCGUAACAAGAGACAACGAACCAAAUCUGCUAACUGGAACUUCAAACAAAUGUAGUCAGCGCGAGGCGUAUUCGCAGCGUGGCGAAGCAAUAGUCGGGCGACGCGUACGCAGGUCGACGUAACCGUGAAGGAUGUUGCUGGCUUUUCUGAGAAACUUGCUCCUCCUGUUCCUCCUGGGAGAGGUCUGAGAGCUCGUCCACCACCGUGAAACGCUGAUUUCAGCCCGUGAUUCGAAGAAAUGAGGGCCCCGUGGCUGGUGCUGAUUCUCGCUAGGAUCCUCGAGCUGGUCCUCGGGGACCACGUGUGUCACCGUAAUCACACUGACAUCAGCAUCCCCGAUCAAAGAUCAUCGGAGAUUCUGUCCAGACGAAGGCGACUCACUUUUCCAAUGGGCAGCACAUUUGUGCUGACGUUGUCCAUAUUGCAACCGAUUCAGAUUAAACUACCCAGCAACUGGAAUCUCGAUUUCGAGUUCGAUGUAAUUUGGCCAAUACCGCAGCAAGAGAAUUUCCGGAAAAAAUAUCACAAGAAGAGGCCGUGGAUGGUGAAACGACGUCAUCGUCGCGAAUUGUACGCUACUUUUGAGACAGCGUUGAACAGUCGGAACCUACCAGGAAAACAGUGCAUUCUCAGGACGAUCUGCGAGGCAAAAACGCUGUUGAGUCCACGAGGAGUGUCAUUUGUGGAAGACGUUAUUCGAUUGAUAUUAAGCAACGUUGAACGUGUGAAGGAAGUGGAUUCCUACGACGUUGCUUACAGAACAAAGAUGCCAUGUGAUGUUAUUUAUCCUUGUCCAUUUUCUCUCUUGAAGCUGUUACUUUUUAACUUGUACUCCGACGAUCUAGGUUAAUAAUAAACUUUUUU